AUGCCGAACAAGGAACAUCCAGUAGGAACCACUUGUGAAAAUCCGAAAGUACGUCCAAGAGAGGAAAAGUUCGCCGGAUCUAACCGGUCUCCUUCCUCUUCCCUCCGUGGUCCAUCAGAGCAUAGUCAGUUGGUACUCACCUCCAUGAUGUUACUGCCAGCUGUCUGUCAGACAUCGCUGCAAUUCGUCAUCAAGCAGUUUCUUUCGCACUCUAUUGAAUAUGGCGAGCGGGGAGGAUAA